AGUUGCUGCAUCACAGCCAGCAUCAUGUGCUAUUUUGUCUCCACAUUUGUAGUCCUGCAGUGGUAAUAGGAGCUGGGAUACUUUCUCACAGCCUGUUACAUUAUUCAUUUUGCUCACUCUGGCAUCACUCAAAAUGCUACAGUAUUUAUUAUCUUAUGUCACUGAGAAAUUGUUAGGACUUGAGGAUUGAGAUCUAAGGAUGUGACAAAGGGUUUUUACAGUUGCAGUCUAUAUAAUACAUGGGCUGACAUAUCCAUACACCUUUGGGCACUGUAAGAAAGAGUUUUAAAAAAUUGUGAGAAUAUUUUAUCUUGUAAAAACAAACAAAUGAAAGUCUGAAGGAUGCCACCAACAUGCUGUUGCCUGUAUGGAGGGAGACAGUAUUGAGUCAUAGGCCUCUAACAGAAAAGGCCAAGACUUCCGUUUGUGCAAGAUUUUAAUGUGGGAACAGGGGCAGCUAAUAAACAGUCUUGUUUUUCUGCAGAAAGAAACAGAAUGGUGUACAAGGGAGGAAGGAGAGAAGAAAAAGGACCAAGUAGCCACUGUGCCAACUGGAGAGUACUACAGUGGGCAGCAGCAGGAGGGGCAGAACCAAGCAAGUGAUGCUUCAUGGUCUAUGGCCUUCAAGGAGAGUCAGCAACAAGAGUCUCAGGAUUACUCAGCCCUUCUUCUCCACAAGGACAGCCACCAACACAGUGCAUCUCAGGCUGUGCCCAAAGAGGGGGGGGCGGGGGAGAGAAAAGAAAGAAAGAAAGAGGACCAGGCUUGUACUGUGUCUUCAGAGGAAGAAGAGGACCUUAAGCAGUGGCAGGCAAUUCCAGCUACCAUCACACCCUACAGGAGUGAGGUAACAGAUCCUCAAACAUUUUUGCUGCUGUACUCUAUCGGGAGCACUGCCGAGCAGUUGGAGGAUGAAGUCUGUCAGAGGUGGAGAGGCACAAACCAGGAAGAAGAUAGGAAUAAAGAACUUGACCAAGAAAGCUUUCCAAGAAUGGAUGACAUCAGCUCUGUGGAUGGAGAACUGAGACACGGAAUACUCAAGGAAAUGCGGGGGAUCAAAUUAUUCAAGUUGAGAGGUUCCUAAGCAUGUGCUAUAACUCCCAGCAUGAGCAACACCAAGAAGAGGUCAGUUCGAGCCACACAGGAAUAUCCCCAUCACCAUUCAAGGAAGGAUGCUCUGAGGGCGGGCAUAAAUGAGGGGUACAUCCCUCCUAAGGAACAGGAAAAUCACCCAUGCUCUCCAACAUCAGUCUAAUUGAUUCAAGAGAGGAAGCUUGCUGCACUUUCCCGCCAUCUAACUUCCUUUCCGGUCUGUCAGAGCAACCCAAACAGUAGACUGCAACAAACAAGCAAAACAAACACCAUAUCAUCGGAGCCAUUUCUGGAUAAGUGACAGAAGCAAAAGUAGAAACACUGAGGAGAGAGCAUAUGGUGCACUCCCAAAUCCAGUCCUCACACAAGAUGAAUAAAGAGGAUUCAGAUUAAUUUGGCCUUUAUCUCAACAAGUUCAGAUAAACAUGCACUAGGGCCUGCUUCUGAAGACCAUAUGCUCAGUGUUUUGUAUAUGCAUGCUUUUUGUAUUUGCUAUAUUUUGUUUAUUUUAAUGAAUAGCUGUCUCGCCACACGGUCUAUGAAGAAGCAAGUAUGCCUACCAGCAAGGACACAGCACUACAAACCCAUUCACUAGGGUCCAAAAUCAGCAAAACUUA